UGGAGUCGCCGACAGCUGCGCGUGUGAGCGGCGGGGAGAGGCUGGCGAGCUUGCCGGCAUCCUCGCCACUCCGUUUCGACGAUGCGCCCUGGGCUCCGCGGCCCCGGGCUGCUCCAGCUGUUCCAGUUGUUGCAACGCCUGGAUUUCUGGACGGUCAGCAGCCAGACGGGGGAUGGUUGCGGCCACUCGGUGCUGACACCUUACAGUGGGACACUAACUUCCAAGAACUACCCUGGCACUUAUCCCAACUUCACAUCCUGUGAGUGGAGGAUUCACGGGGCCGCGGGGAGCUACCUGAGCCUGACCUUUGGAGACAUGGACAUUGAAGCCUCAGGACAGUGCAAAUCUGGCUUCUUGUUGCUUGCUUCUCCAUCAGAUGGAUCCCGCUUUGGCCCAUACUGUGGCAAUUCAAAUCCACCACACACGGUCUUGGUGAUGAACUCCACCUCAGUCACCAUUUUGUUCAACACCACAACACAUCGCUCAGGACGUGGCUUCCUCCUUUCUUAUGCCAGUGGCAACCAGUCAGAUUUGAUCUCAUGUUUGCAGAAAGGAAUCCAUUACGGGAAAGAACAAAUCAGAGUUUAUUGUCCGGCAGGCUGCAAAGGAGUGACAGGAGACAUCUGGGGCAACACGAACAAAGGCUACCGAGAUACAUCAGUUCUCUGCAAAGCUGCUGUCCAUGCUGGCGUGAUCUUAGAUGAACAGGGGGGACCAGUCACUUUGUCUCGAGAGAAAGGUAUCACUCUCUACGAGUCAACCUUUGCCAAUGGACUCUACUCAAAAAGAGGAUCUUUAUCUGAAAAACGCCUCAUCUUUCACAAAGCCUGUGCCAGUGCCCUGGAAGUGUCCAGCUUCAACGCUUCAUCCUACUGGCACGAACAGAACAUCAUGGGGGAGAACAAGGCCUGGAUCGCCGAGCAAGCCUCUUUUAGCACCGAUGGCACCUCCUGGGCAGCAGCUCAGAGCUCUGUGGAUGAGUGGCUGGAAAUAGACUUGGGUGGAAGGAGGAACAUCACAGGAAUCAUAACCAAGGGAUCUUCUCAUAAACACAAAAACUACUACGUCAAAUCCUACCAAGUCCUCUCAAGCAGGGACGGCAAGAACUGGAAGGUGUACAAAUCCAACAGCGGCAAUGAGGAUAAGAUCUUUGAAGGAAAUAGAGACAGUCACCAAGAAGUCUCCAAUGCCUUCAUCCCGCCGAUCCUGGCCCGCUACCUACGCAUUGUUCCCAAGAGCUGGAACCAGAGGGUGGCUCUGAAAGUGGCCCUGUUGGGGUGCCAAGCUGCUCGCCUGAAGACCCCUCGGCCCUAUAGCGACAGCGGAAUUCACAGUGGCCCCAAGGUGUUCCCCAUCCUGACAAGCAGCCCUGUCACUUUCACCCAAAUCCCAGGAAUAGUGAUCAAUUCAGGAAAAAAAGGGCCCCCGUUGCUGGUCAUGCUUCUGAUUGGAGGAUUUGUGCUUAUUGCCUUGGCCCUCUUGCUGCUGGUUUUUCUAUGUUGCAAAAAGAGCAGAAAGACAGCGGAUCAGGAUUGCAGCCUCAUAAAAGGUUUCCCAACAUCAGAGGCCAGCCAGGUAUGUCCCAGAGGGAGCCUGCAAUUGUCCACCUCUGAAAUCGCCUCAUUCCCUAAGGCUGGAGCCCCAGAAGAUGUCAGUGGGAUUCAGUCUCCAGAAUAUGCCGAGCCAGAUGUUGUUCAAAUCAGCCCCACCACCCAGUCCAUCCCGUCUACAUUCAAGCCUGCUCUGGAUGAAGGCUACACACUCCCCCUGGUGGUGAAUCAUUACGAUGUGCCAGGCAAGUGCCAUGAGUAUGCCGAGCCUUUGCCACCAGAGCCAGAGUAUGCCACCCCCUUCAUAGACCAGCCGGCGGAGCCAGAAGUAGAUACUUGCAGCAAGAACGUCUGCGGCAUCAAAGUUCUUUCCUCUCCCCAAAGCCAGGCAGGCUCCCUGGUCUCGCCACGAUGCCUGGAGGCCCAGAUGCAAUACGACUUCCCUGCUCAACGGCCAGCAGAGAAGCCAGACAGCAAAGCAGGCGAAGCUGGCCUGUGGGAAGGACCCGCCCAAACAGGCAAAGUCUACACGGAGCCUCAAGGCCAUCGGACUCCGAGCCCAAGAGACGAACGCCCUCCUGUCCAGCUAGCUACCUCACCACAGGGGCGCUGCUUCCAGCUCACGGACUCCCCUCUUGCACACAUCUAUCACGAGCCCCUGUGAGCCACACGGGGGGAGGGAUCCCGAUGAUGCCCAUCCUGCAAAAGGAGGUGGACUUCACUGAGGAUCUGGUGACCUUUCGCUCAAGGGCAUAGGGAAAGCCACCUUCCCCUCUGUCAGGCUGCUUGUCCAUCUCAUUAUUGCCUACUCUGACUGGCAGAGGGUCUCCAGUAGAGAUCCUUCCCAACGCUACCUGAUCCUUUUUUUGUUACCUGGAGAUUGCCAAGGACUGGACCUGCACACAAAGAAUGUGCUUCCCCACUGAACUGCGGUCCUCCCCCCUCCCUCAAAAAACACCAAAAUCCAUGAUAUGCUUUCUCCCCCCCCAGCAAAGGAAAGUUGGCUCAUUUUGUCCAUGCUCAUCUUCUGCGUAGCCUGGACCAUCUUUCAUCUCCUGGGGAGUUGACGGUGUCCCUUCUCUCACCCUAAUUUAACCAAUACCUCUGGCUUAUCUUCAUGAGGACUUGAAGGAGCCAGCCAGGAAAGGGCAGUGGUGAUGGUGAGGAAUUGCAAGUCUAUGUCACAGAUAUUAUAUAUGUGUAUCAUGAGGCUCCCAGGAAGAGGAAAAGAGGCAGGCCUCAUCCAGAGGAGUUCAGUAAAUCUCCCCCACAUUCCGUUAUUAAAAACUUGAGGGCAUUUCAUAAACCAAAUCAAAAUCCUGUUUUCUUCCUCCUCUUCCAAAUGCCAUCAGCUGCUGGCAAAUCCACCAGCUGUUUGUUUUUUAUUUGCUUUAACUAUUAAUUUUCUGCUCAGACUCAAAAGUGGAAAUGUUCUCCCCCCCCCCCACUUGUGAAGAGCUAAAAAAAUACACUAUGUAAAGAAAAAGUGUACAUGCCUCAUGGGAGCAGAAAGAACAACACAAUAGCAGUUGCUAAAAAGUUUUCACAUCUUGCAGUAGUGCAAAGGGAACAACAUGCUAGCUAUUAUUAAACGAACUGUCGGGCAUGUUUUGUUUGGUUAGUGUCCAUAGAUGAUAUCAGCAAGGCCAGCGCCCUAGCCAGUGAAUGCCCAGGGUCAAGGGUUCUUGCUUUCUCCCUUCCUCUGUCUCUACAUAGAGUCCUUGUAUGUCGAACGUUAGUUCAUUUAAGCUCUCAGGUUAUCAACAGCAGUCGUCUAAUGUAGGUGGAGAAUAGAAGACCCAACUCAAGAAUCUUGAGUCUUGGGAGGUACCAGAAAUUUUCUAUUUGGGAGUCAGACUUCAGACAGCAGAAGAGUCUUUAUUCUGUUAUAUAUGUUAUUUAUUCAUAUCUUGCACACUACAACUAAUAAAAUGCAUUCUAGGUGGCCUUAGCCAUCACUGCAGAAACAGAAAAAUAAAUCGGUACAAACGAAGAUGCUGGAUAUCCAUUUAACAUCCAAGUAUAAGACUUCAAAGGCACAUCUUAGUUAAAACAAGUUACAAUGGAUGGACUGCGUUAAACUCCAAGUUUAGAGUUUAGAAGAAAUUCAGCUGAUAAAACACACACAAGCCCACUAAAUCUUCUCCUUCCCUUUUUCCUGUGCCUUCAAGAGCUGCCCAUCAGAAAUUCAGCUGCUGUGAACCUUAAGAGGUAUUUCCCCCUCCCACUAUGCCUCUCAAACUACGUUUGCUCAUCUCCUGUGAUUUCUUCUCCCUGUCUCCUUUCAUACCUAGCUUCUAACCUGUGGGCCUACUUGAACUGUAAACAUUUCAAGGCUGAGACCUGCUCUGUGAGUACUUUCAUAUCUCAUCUCACCCCCUUCCUGCAAAGUCCUUUUCUGAUCCUCACACAGCCACACGCUGUCAGAUUGCAACCAAUCCCUUCUGCCUGUCACUCAUUCUCACUCUGCAUUUCACUCAAACCCUUUCUCUCACAACAGGUUCAUACUGAGCAUGUGCGGGGUACACCCUUAUGAACUCCCACUGAAUAACACUGGCCACAAAAAUGCCUUUUUAAAAAAUGACAAGCAUAUAACAUAAUUAAUGGGUAAUGGCACAUACUAUUCAUCCUCUUGGCCUAAUCCAACACAUAAUCGAUAAAUCCACCUGAACUUCCCAGAGCCACUCAUCACACGUUUAACUCCUUCAAAAUAUGCCAUUUUUUCUACCCCAUGUUUGGCAUGGGCCAUCUUCAAACUACCUCUCCUACACUGCCAAGUUUCAAAUCAAUCCACUGAACCAUUUUUAGCUAGAAACCAGAAGUCGGGAAUUCUUUUCAGCCCAAGGGCUGCAUUCCCUUUUGAGAAACCCUCCGAGGGCCACAUGCCAGUCGUGGGCGGGUUCAGAGGCAAAAGCGAGCAGAGCACUGAAAGCAAUAUUCUACCUUUGUACACACACUCCUUAUCCUCCAUCCAGACAAGCAAGAGGCAUUAUUAGAGUAAUAAACAUUCCAGCUAGGCAGAAACCCUAGGGGUAUGAAGCAGGACCAGUGAGGGGUGUGGCCUGGAGAGACUGCCAAGGACCAGACUGAGAGGCCGGGGUGUGUGUGUGCAUUUGGUUCCCCAUCCCUGCUCUAAGCCAUAGAACCGACUCCUCUGCCCUGGAUUUCUCAUCCAGCCGACUUGCCCUCAAUAUAGGGCAACAACUUUGGGCCUGACUGGGGAGGGCAGCUAUGAGAGAACUAUGAAAGGUCCUCAAAUGCAAAGAUGUAUCACUGAACACUAAAGUCAGGAUGAUUCAGGCAACGGUAUUCCCGAUCUCUAUGUAUGGGUGUGAAAGUUGGACAGUGAAAAAAGCGGAUAAGAGAAAAAUCAACUCAUUUGAAGUGUGGUGUUGGAGGAGAGCUUUGCGCAUACCAUGGACCGCAAAAAAGACAGAUAAUUGGGUGUUAAAACAAAUUAAACCAGAACUGUCACUAGAAGCUAAAAUGAUGAAACUGAGGUUAUCAUACUUUGGACACAUCAUGAGAAGACAUGAUUCACUAGAAAAGACAAUAAUGCUGGGGAAAACAGAAGGGAGUAGGAAAAAAAGGAAGGCCAAACAAGAGAUGAUGGAUUGAUUCCAUAAAGGAAGCCACAGACCUGAACUUACAAGAUCUGAAUAGGGUGGUUUAUAACAGAUGCUAUUAGAGGUUGCUGAUUCACAGGGUCGCUGUAAGUUGUAAUUGACGUGAAGGCAAAAAACAAUAGCAAGUUUCUGGAAUAGGGAAAUCCUCACCAUAUACUGCUUUCAAUGUUUUUGUUUGCCGCCCUAGGCUCCUUCUGGGAAGAAGGGUGGAAUAUAAACUUAAUAAAUAAAUA